UGAAUAUUGGACGCUCCUUUUUUCGCGCUUCAUCGGAAUUUCCUUGAAAACUCUUCGUGGUUUUUUUUUUUUUAAAAAAAAACUCUAGGUAGGUGGUCUCACGUGGUUUUAACAUGGCGCGUGUGAUGACUUAGUUUGUGAUGUUUUUUUUUUUAACGUUGAGUGCAUUCAAAGUUAAUCAGAAGUUAAAAAAAAAAGGUUGCUUAGAAAAUCAGCUCCCUAUUGAUAUUGAUAGUCACAUGAUUUUGUACAAGAUAAAACCAAUCUGGUUCUUUUGACUUUAUUGGAUAACCAAAACCAUCCCAGGCCUUCCUUUUUCGGUAAAUAAUAACAUAAUCCCUCUUUUACUGAUAUCACUUACUGAAAUCAUCGAACGGAGACGAUUACCUUGAAACAUAAAACGAAAUAGUUAAAUUAUUAGAUUUAUGAAGAAUAUCGGAUCUGUUGAUUACGGUCGGUUUUCAAUCUGAAUAAGGAAGCAAUCGAGAGUAUAUAUGUUAAAUGUACUUUCUUUAAUUGUAAAAUAAGUAAAAAUCAUAAAAUAAUUAAAAAAAAUAAUUUAUAAAAAUUAAAUAAUUAAAUAAUUAUUAGAUCAGUAAGUUUUUAAAUUUUUUUGUGAUUUAAAAUAAAAGUGUGAGAUAGAAAACGUGCCAUAUAUAAUUUUUUUUAUAAGUAAAGUAUUUGAGAAGGAGGAAAAUAACACGUCAAGCUGAUUGGAACCGGAUUACAACACCCGUUAACGCGGGAUGGUGUUGAUACAUUUUGGAAAAUGCCACAUGCCGAACACAUAAUGCAUGGCCAUGCGACGUCCGUUAGUCAGAGUACCCUAUUUGGGUGCUCAACGGCAGGGCAUAGUGGCAUUAAUCAAUUAGGUGGUGUUUAUGUAAACGGGCGUCCGCUACCGGAUUCAACACGUCAAAAAAUUGUCGAAUUGGCGCAUAGCGGUGCCAGACCAUGUGAUAUAUCGCGCAUACUUCAAGUAUCGAAUGGAUGCGUUAGUAAAAUUUUAGGAAGGUAUUAUGAAACGGGAUCAAUAAAACCGCGUGCGAUUGGUGGUUCAAAACCGCGUGUUGCAACGACACCGGUUGUACAAAAAAUUGCUGACUAUAAGCGUGAAUGUCCAAGUAUUUUUGCAUGGGAGAUACGGGAUCGAUUGCUAUCUGAAGCUGUUUGUAAUAGUGACAACAUACCAAGUGUUUCAUCAAUAAAUCGUGUCCUCCGAAAUUUAGCAUCACAAAAAGAACAACAAGCACAACAACAGAAUGAAUCCGUUUACGAUAAGCUUCGUAUGUUUAAUGGACAAUCAGGAGGUUGGGCGUGGUAUCCAGGAGCCGCAACACCAGCUCAUCUAGCAUUACCUCCCACACCAGCAAGUAACCUUACGGGACAAAUAACAAGAGACGAACUGAAACGCGAUAUUUUUUCCAGUGAAGUGUCACAUCCGAAUUCCCAUGAGAGUACGUCUGAUGGUAAUUCCGACCAUAACUCAUCAGGCGAUGAGGACUCUCAAAUGCGUUUAAGAUUGAAGCGAAAAUUGCAACGAAACCGUACAUCAUUUACUAACGAACAAAUUGAUAGUUUAGAAAAAGAAUUUGAACGAACACAUUAUCCGGAUGUGUUUGCACGCGAACGAUUAGCUGAAAAGAUUGGUUUACCAGAGGCACGUAUUCAGGUAUGGUUUUCAAAUCGUCGUGCCAAAUGGCGACGAGAAGAGAAACUUCGAACACAACGACGACCAGUUGAUCAUGUACCUGGUAGUAAUAGUGGUGGGGGUACCGGAGGUAGCGGAACUAGCCCAUCCGGAAAUAAUACAAAUGGACCUAAUAGCAGUGGUAAUGGUGCAACCAGUGCAGGCAACGGAACCAACGGUGGAAGUGGAAAUAGUGCCAAUUCAGGAAGUGGUGCUGGUGCUAGCGGAGGAAAUACGAAUUCAGCAAGUCCUCCAAUUCAAGCAACGACACCACGUCUUCCCCUCAAUUCUGGUUUCAAUUCAAUGUAUUCAUCCAUUCCGCAGCCGAUUGCUACAAUGGCCGAAAACUACAGAGUCUCUGGAUAUAGUUCUAUGACAUCGUCACUAGGUUCAAUGACUUCGUCUUGUUUGCAACAACGCGAUAGCUACCCUUACAUGUUUCACGACCCAUUAUCCUUAAGUUCACCGUACGCAGCACAUCCUAGAAGCUCCUGUAACCCAGCAGCCGCUCAUCAGCAACCCCCACCGCAGCAUUCAAGCUACGGUGGUGCUAGUGCUGCUGCGGCAGCUGCCGCUGUUGCAACCAGUACUGUGUGUCAUUUCCCCUCUUCUACUACAGGCGUUAUAUCGGCCGGAGUUUCUGUUCCAGUUCAAAUUCCUUCGCAGGCUGCCGAUUUGGGUGCUAACUACUGGCCCCGAUUGCAGUGAUCAACGCUUUUUGGGCUUCCCAGCCAAAUUUUAGCAGCGAGUGGCACUGGUAGUACCAAUAGCAAUUCAACAAAUGUAAAUGGUAGCAUAACUGAUUUGACAAUAUCCAGUGUAUUAGGUUCAAGCAAUCAACAGCAACUUAUUCAACUACAUCACAACCAACAAUCAAUUCAUCAGGCAACAACCGGCAGCGAGGAAGUCCCAAAUCAUUGAGAAUAAAAGAUCCUUGAGG